AUGACUCUCCUAUCACCUUUCAUAGCUAUUUUCACCAUAGCCUCAGACUCCUACCACCGAGCCGAGGAGAGCGUAGACGCUGUGGAAUCAGUGUUUCUGAAGGUUCCCUCCAAAGUCACCCUUGGCACCACCACUCUGUUGAGAAAGAUAGGUUUUGGGAUAGUUGGUGCUGUAUGCGUGUGCAUGGUUCUGAUACUGGUGAUGUUAUUGGCUGCAAUGUUGGGUGUUGGAUUAGUGCAAUUGUGGGUAGAGGAGCCUGUAUUUAUGCGAGAGAGGUUGUUCUUCGAUUACACUGACGUGAACCCCAAAGCGGUGUUUACUUUUGGUGGGUCUGUCGACCAUGAGAGCAUAACAAAGGGGCUAAUGGGAAUUCCAGUUGGGCACACAUUUCAUGUUUCUUUGGUUCUCUUGAUGCCGGAAUCUGAUUACAAUAGGCAAAUUGGGAUGUUCCAGGUAUGCCAUCUUGUUGAAUAUGUUUUGGGUUUCCGCUAA